UUUGAGGGUUUACUUCAACGAAGGGAACUGCGUACGGAUACGCAUACCUGACGAGGAACUGGAUGAGAUUCCUGGAAUGGUGAAAAGACUGGAGGCCGUCACCACGGGAGUCAAGACCCAGGAGAUCACCUUGCUUCGCAACGGUCUAGGCCAGCUUGGAUUCCACGUGCACUACCAAGCUAGGCAUAGUGGUGGAGGUCGACCCCUAUGGGUGGGGCGUGGCAAGCUGGGUUAAGAAAGGGGGCCAGACUCGUCGAGAUCUGUGAGAUCGCUGUCUGCACACAAAACCACGAUGAGAUGAUUGAUCUGCUCAGGACGUCACAAACGGUCAAAGUUCUGGUCGUGCCGCCCCAUGAAGACGGCAGCCCAAGGAGGGGUAGCACACCCAUUGACUACGACGCUUCCCUCCCGCAUACGGGCAAGACGCCGUUCAACCGUAGUUGCAGCAGCGGCAAAGGAGGACACAGCUACAGGGCACCUAUAACUAUCCAACGAGAUGGCAAGGCCGGCCAAGGUUCUCAUACCAGAUCCUUCACCACGCCCGGUACCCUGCUGCUUCAUCAUCUCACGCGCGCACGGCCUCAGAUCUGUCGCGUUCCAGCGAGGACCCGGACUCCGCCUCGAGCAACGCCGUCCGCAGCGCCAUCGCCACGUUAGAGCGCCGCAUCCACCACCAGCCCGAGUCUCGCGGUGGGGGCGGGCAGGGCCAGCAUCGCUACCGGGC